UCUCCACGUUGGCAAACAGCUGUAGUUCAUUCCGAAACUGUAUUCGGUAUCCAGUAACUGCCCAGCCAAAAUACAUAUUUGACUCACUACAGACUAACCGAGCUCGCACUCCAGCUUGGCGUUCAGAGUGGUUCAGACGCUCCGAUCCCUUCAUUCAGUUUCUUUUGUUUGGUUUACGCAGAGACCGCCGACACUAACCAGCCAUGGAUGCCAUCAAGAAGAAGAUGCAGAUGCUCAAGCUCGACAAGGAGAAUGCCUUGGACAGAGCUGAGCAGGCCGAGUCAGAUAAGAAAGCAUCUGAGGACAGAAGCAAACAGCUUGAGGAUGACCUGGUAGCACUGCAGAAGAAGCUGAAGGCAACUGAGGAUGAGUUGGACAAAUACUCUGAAGCCCUGAAGGAGGCCCAGGAGAAAUUGGAGCUCGCAGAGAAGAAAGCCACAGAUGCUGAGGGUGAUGUAGCUUCCCUGAACAGACGUAUCCAGCUGGUUGAGGAGGAGUUGGACCGUGCUCAGGAGCGUCUGGCCACAGCUCUGACCAAGCUGGAGGAGGCUGAGAAGGCUGCUGAUGAGAGCGAGAGAGGCAUGAAGGUCAUUGAGAACAGGGCAAUGAAGGAUGAGGAGAAGAUGGAGCUGCAGGAGAUCCAGCUGAAGGAGGCCAAACACAUCGCUGAGGAGGCUGACCGCAAAUAUGAGGAGGUUGCCCGUAAGCUGGUGAUCAUUGAGGGUGACUUGGAACGUACAGAAGAGCGUGCUGAGCUGUCUGAGAGCAAAUGCUCUGAGCUUGAGGAGGAGCUGAAAACUGUGCAGAACAACCUGAAGUCUCUGGAGGCCCAGGCAGAAAAGUACUCGCAGAAGGAGGACAAGUACGAGGAGGAGAUCAAGGUCCUGACAGACAAGCUAAAGGAGGCUGAGACCCGUGCCGAGUUCGCUGAGAGAUCAGUUGCCAAGCUGGAGAAGACCAUUGAUGACCUUGAGGACCACCUAUACAAGCAGCUUGAGAAAAAUCGUCUUCUCACCAAUGAACUGAGAGUAGCUCUAAACGAGGCAUAAACUGGAAGGGAAUCUUGUAUGCUUUAAUGUUUCUGAAAUUCCAGUCACCAGGAAUGUUGUUGUACUGUUUAUUUAAAUAACUAUACACAGCAGCAGUUAUGUCUUAAAAACAAAACAAGUUACACUUUCAAAAAAGUGGGAAUACAAGUGAGAGAUUUUCACAUGCAUGUUCCAAUAACUGCUUCAAGUGGAAGGUUACACAGGUUCAGGAGAGGGACGAAAUUCAGUUGAUAUAUUUUCUCAGUUAUUGUCAGGGCUACAUAAUUGAAAUCUGGUCUGCAAUAUGUGCUUCUAUCCAUGAAAAGGAGGCCUUGGAAUAUUGCAAUGGACUGAACAAAUAUCAUCACUUUUAAAAUUACUUGGAUUAUACCCAGAUUUUCCUUUUUGUACUUGGGUGAGAUGGAUGGUUGGACAGGUGUGUAGUUUUUACUUGUAGCAUUUCAGCGAAGCAUUCACAUUUUAAUUAUGAAUUGCAAUAAUUUAAUAAAUUCAAUUAUGUAGCACUAGUUUACAGCAGCAGUCACCUAAAGCACUAAAUAUUAUAAUGUAAAGGCCCUGAAGAUUAGAGGGAAACCCCAACAAUCAAACAAUUCCCUUUGAGGAAGCACUCUGUGACAAUAGGGAAAAGGAACUGUCUUUUAACAGGGAGAUCUUGGGGAGGAUGGCAGCAUACUGUGAUUGGUUGGGGUGUGAGGAGAAAGAUGACUAAACGCACCAAGAGAGACUAAAUGGAAAAAUAAUGGUAUACAAUAGUGGCAUGUAAAUGCAUCAGGGGUGAAGAGGGAAGUGAAGAAAUCCUGAGUGCGUCAUUGGACGUCCUCCAGCAGCCUUAACUUGUAGCAGUAUAAAUAACUAAAGCUUUAUUCAAAAUAAUUUUGUUUUUCAAAUGUAAUCUUAAAAGUAAAGAGUUUUUUUUCCCAAACUUCAACUGGGAGCUCAUUUGAUAGGAAAGGAGCCAGAUAUCUGAAGGCUCUGUCUCCCAUUCUACUUUUAGAAAUUCUAGGAACAACAAGUAAGCCUGCAGUCUGAGAGCGAAGUGCUUUGUUGGGAACUGUUCCCACAAACCUCAUAGUUAUCUGUAGAGAUGUCUGCCUUCUCCAAGAAUAUAAUAAAACUACAUGGUGCUCACCUUGCGAUGCUAAAAGUGCCAAAUAAUUGGGUUGUGACUUCAGGAAAGAAACAUUCCAGCUGAAUUUUUCCCAAUGUUUAUUUUGGGGCGCUUUAAGCAUCACAAGGCAAGAUGUUGCUUGCCUUGUGAUGCUUAAAGCAAGGCAAGCAACAUUUAGUUUCAUUAUAUAUCCUCAGGACAUAGCAGCUUAAGCCAAAACAGUGUAGCUGGAUAAAGAGAACUUCAAAGAAAAGGUGUGCAGUUUUAUUUAGCGGCGAACUGUUUGUUAAUCGUAGCACAGGAGGAGAUUGAUCAUAUGAUUCACCUGUAGCAACAAGGAAGUGUUGGCGGUAAGGAAGAUGUGAAUAACAGAUUGCACAGUAUUCCUGUAUGAUCUGUCAGUAAUUUGUCUAAGUGAAUGGGGAAGAAAAAAGGACGUGGAGUGUGCAUAUACAAUAAAAGUAAAGUGAUACUGGUCCAAUAGUAAAAGGAGACAAUUAUUAGUGCUUAGAAGAGUUUUCAGUUUUUUCCUCAAAAGUGCUAGGGUUUUAUACUUUGGUCAAUUCCACUGCCAAAUCAUAUAUUACAAAAAAGGAAAGCUUUUUUUUUUUCCCCCCCUUGCAUAAACUCACCACGUCCAUUCUUGACCACAGCCCUGUCAAUAGUGUGAGUUUUUACUAUUUCUAGUAUACUUUAAAUAAAAGUUCAAAUCUGAUUAGUUAUAUCAGAAAAUCUAAAUAACUUGAGGAUAUCGACUCCGCUAAUAAGUGCUGACCUCUUACUGGAAAAAAAUAUAUAUACUGGGGUAUGUAACGAUAUCCAGCAUAUGUUUGUCACUGUACCUGAGGUAAACCUUUGUCUGACUAUAUUCUGUGUCUCUUGCAACUGUUUUUCUUUCUU